AUUUAAAAGGAAUACGUUCUCCGUUUUAGCACUCAAAUUACUAAUUUAUUUAUCCAGUAAUGAGGCAAUUUUACUGGGGUCGAGAGAGUACCACACAGCUUUAAUUAAAAGAUCUCCAGCAACAGGCAGCGAGUUGGGCAAAUAAACGCCUAUCGAGUAAAGGACCUGGGAAAUGACUAAAGUUCACAUUUUGUAAAGUCAUUAACUAUGAGCUAUCACAAGCUAAAGGUAGCGGUCAUCGGCGCAGGGGCGAGCGGACUCUGCGCUGCUCAUCACCUGCUGGCCAGGCCACAGAUCUUCGCUCCCCCUGUGGUGUAUGAGCUGUCUGACUGUGUUGGGGGCACCUGGGUUUACACAGACAGAGUGGGAAAAGAUGACAAUGGCCUGCCUCUACAUUCCAGCAUGUACAGGGACUUAAGGACUAACCUUCCAAAAGAGGUCAUGUCCUUUCCGGAUUUUCCAUUUGACAUUCAACCCCCUUCUUUCAUUCAUCAUAGUGAUGUAAAGUCAUACCUGGAACGAUACACUGAUCAUUUUGAAAUUCAACCCCACAUAAAGUUUUGCACAUAUGUUGAACUACUGAACCCUGUUUUUGGAACCACUGGAGAUGCUCGGAACUCCUGGGAAGUAACAUCUUUGAAUCUGAACAGUCAUUAUCGUAGCACAGAGAGAUUUGAUUCUGUUAUUGUUUGUAACGGCCACUAUUCUGACCCUUUCAUCCCUCACAUCCCUGAAAUUGAACAUUUCAAAGGACAGAAAAUGCACAGUCAUGAGUACAGGUUUGCUGAACCGUUCACUGGGAAGAAUCUGGUUCUGCUUGGUGCUGGUCCAUCUGGAAUUGAUAUAGCAUUGGAAUUGUGCCCAGUUGCAAAUCAAGUUGUCUUGGUGUAUAAUCAUUUGCCGAUAUCCUCACCGCUGCCUCCAAAUUUCCUGCAAGUCAAAGGUUUGAACAGAUUUUCAGAGACUGGGGUAAUUUGUAAUGAUGGAAUGGAGUAUCCUGCAGAUACGUUCAUGUUCUGCACUGGUUAUAACUAUUCUUUUCCUUUUCUUGGAAAAGAAGUGGGCUUAAAGGUCAAAGAUCACAGAAUUACCCCACUUUACAAACAUAUUGUCCACACCACAUUUCCGACUCUCUUUUUUAUUGGUUUAUGCAAAACUGUUUGCCCUUUUCCUUUGUUCCACAACCAGGUCACAUUUGUUUUGGCAUCUUUGGAUGGUACCUAUAAGCUACCAUCUAAAGCUGAAAUGGAUGCAGUUACAGAACAUGAAUACCAGUCCUCUUUGCAAAGUGGAAGUCCUCACAGACAUUUUCAUAAAUUGGAUAGUCUUCAGUGGAGUUACAUUGCUGAAUUAGCCCAUUUAUCCAAAACUGAACCCAUACCACCUGUAACAAGAGAUCUAUAUGAAGCAAACAGGAAAUUAAGAAAGCAAGAUCUGCAAAACUAUAAGAGGUUUAACUACAAGAUAGUAAGCCAUGAUACAUGGAUAACAGUGAAGCCUAAACCAUUAUAAAACGGACUGCCACUUUUUAAAUCUGCAUCUUCCAGCCACCAGAGUAUAGGCCAACAGGAUAAGUUCUGGGGAAACCAUAGUGCAGAUUUUCCCAUCCUUGUGCAUGGUCUUAUCAGAACUGCUGUGUACAGUAUACAGAGGAAAAGUGGGCAGGGAAGAUCAUAUAUCGUAAGGAAACCUAUAUAAUUUCUUGUCCAUUAAUUUAAAUGGAAGGAAAGUUAGGCAUGCUGUGUAUAAUCCUUCCUGUCCAGUUUUUCUCUUCACAGUAAAUGAGCACUGUAAAUGGCCAGCUGUGGUAGCUGGAAAAUUUGUUCAAUGUGCCAUGAGCACAAAUGCAAAUUGUUGUCAAAAUAAUGCAGAGAAGUACUGCUGCUCAAAAUCUUUGAAUCCCAUUUCCUAUAAAGCCCCAGGAGCUCUGGCAUUGCAUCAGUUUGCUUUCCCUUUGCUAGAUGUCAUUUGCUUCUUGCUAUUGUUGCCAAAGUUUGGGAUAAAUCUUUGAGUCUGUAUACAGAAGUAGCUUAACUUGGACAGAGGGUAGAGAAUCAAAUGUUCUGUCAUCUGCUGAAUUGUUCAGGUUUCCCAGAAGCCUACUUAACAAAAUUCUGGUCUCCUUUUCUAGCUAAAUGUGCAAAAGAGAGAAAGCUAUAGAUUUUUGACCAUGUGAUGACAGUGAUGAUCAAUUCUUUGUUGAAUGGGUAGCCAUGUAGACAACAAAUAGGUAAAACCAUAAUAAUUAUACGACAGGCCAAGACACAAAUUGUAAUUUUGCAUUCAGUGGAAAGUGUGAGCUACAGCUGUAUGUGAAUAAACUAUACCCUUUGACCCACGAACUAUAGCCUGCAAAAUAAAUGGGCCAGCAUUUCUACACCAGCAUCUGCUAAAGGCUUUAAAUACCAUACAAAAUGAAAUAAGCUAUUCAUUAUUGUUGAUGCUUAUUUAGCUAAAAUGUUUGUUGCAUAAACAUGAUGCCAUAA